AUGACCCUUGUGGUCUGUUCCAAACCUUAAGAUUUGUUGUUCUUAGUACCAGGAAGAAGGCAUGCAUGCCAUGGUUUCCUAUCAGUGGAAGCCAUUUGCUGCAGCAUGAUUCAGAACUGCACCUCAACUGUUUGCAUGAGCUCACAUACAAGAUAAAGAACAGCCUUGCCCAGUUUCAGUCGAGUUUCGGCUCUCACAGCGAAAGUAGUGGCCUGGCCCCUCUUGCGACAAAUGGCCCUAAAUGUGGUCCUUCUGAAUCCGUUGCUCUUCUGUUUGGAGAUCUUCAUCAUCUUCAUUGGAAAUGGAGCAUGUGUGGAGGUGACGGUACCUAAUGAUCCAGUGAUGCAGCAGAUUGGUUCUGCCAUGGAAGUGCCAUGUCAUUACAAAACAUCAGUUGACAAAAACUUCAUGCUGGAAUGGAGGUUUGCCCCAGGCUCAACAUCUCCUGACCUUGGGAAACAGAUUCUCUACUUCACCAAUAAUGUAUUGUACAAACCAGGCUCCCAGUCUGAACGGCUGAGCCUGCUUCAUGAUCCUCCCACCUUGGGUGAUGCAUCCAUUCGACUGGAAAAUGUACGUGCAUCAGAUGCCGGCACCUAUAUCUGCGAGGUGAACAAUCCUCCAGACUUUUAUGGAACUAGCUCUGGGCUUAUCCAUUUCAUAGUUUUGAUCCCUCCCUCCACUCCAGUUUGUAAAGGGACCACCUCUGUUGCCGUGGGUUCAGAUGCCAGCCUGACAUGCAGCUCUUCAGAAGGUGUCCCUGCCCCAGUUUAUUCCUGGACUCACCUGGAUUCCAAGAUCACUCUGCCGCUCUCCAACAUGGUCCAAAAUGAGCAGACAGGAUCUCUGCUAUUGACAAAUGUCUCACUUGAGUUCUCUGGUACAUAUCAAUGUGUAGCCUCCAAUGAAUAUGGACACCAGAGCUGCGAGUUAUCCCUCCAUGUGACAGGCAUUGCAGGAGCUGGAGCAAUUGCAGGAGCUGUUAUAGGAGUGCUCUUAGCUCUCCUACUGUUUGGUGCCAUAGUGAUCUAUGCCAUACACCACAGAAAGCAGAAGAUGAAUAAGAAGCCCCAGUCUGAAUACAGCAUGAAUGAAAUAAGGGAGGAUGCCACAGCUCCAGGAAUCUCCGAAUCCUCCUUGCAGAGACGAGACAGCAAGUCAGAAAGACUUCUGGAAAGUGUUCCCUCUAGGCCUGGCUCCGCCAGCACUACCAAAUCCCAACUCAACCAUUUUCUUGUCUGAUCUUACUUUGUGUGACUGGAGUUUAAAACAAAAUCAGAGGUCUGUUUUAUUGCACAGAGAUUGUGUUUCAUCUGAAGGCACCCUUCAGCUGUUGUUCUCCAACUGCUUAUUCCCUGAUUCACCUCACUUUAUGUCUGGAUUCUGACCGGUUUGUGUGCAGCGUUGUCUAUAAAGCAAUUGUGAAAUUGUCCCAAAUGCCCUGGAUGACCCUGCAUUGUGACCAGUUUAACCCCUCCAAUUUUCGCUGUGUG